AUGAAACUUCUCGCCGAAUCAAUCACCAACCUAACAGAGGUUUCAAUGGCCAUCGCCAAACAUUUGUUCUCCAAAGAAGAAUACAAAGAAAAGAACAUUGUGUUUUCGCCAUUGUCGAUCCAAAUCAUACUCAGUAUCAUCGGUGCUGGCUCUGAGGGUACCACACAACACCAGCUUCUUGAAUUCCUCCAUUCUAGCUCCACCGACCAUCUCAAAUCUUUAUCCUCUCAACUUGUUUCCUAUGUGCUCGCCGAUAACACACCCGCCGGCGGACCUCUGGUGUCUUUCGUCAAUGGUGUGUGGGUUCAAGAAUCAUUUUCUCUCCAACCUUCCUUCAAAGAAACUGUGUCUACUGAUUUCAAAGCUACUCUUGCCUCAGUUGAUUUCCUAACCAAGGCACAUGAAGUGAGAAAAGAAGUGAAUUUAUGGGCUGAAAAAGAGACAAAAGGUCUUAUAAAAAAUCUACUUCCACCUGAGUCUGUUGACAGUUUAACCAACCUUAUCUUUGCAAAUGCAUUAUACUUCAAAGGAGCAUGGUCGUCAGAGUUUGAUAUAUCAAAAACAAAAGACUAUGAUUUUUACCUUCUCAAUGGCAGCUCAGUCCAAGUUCCCUUCAUGACGAGUAAGCAGAAACAAUUUAUUAGUGUUUUUGAUGGUUUUAAAGUCCUUCGCCUUUUUUAUAAGAGUGGUAGGUCAUAUAAGCAUGAAGAUAGGCGUAGUUUCUCUAUUUACUUUUAUCUUCCUGAUGCAAAAGAUGGAUUGUUAGCUUUGAUUGAAAAGGUUGCUUCUGAUUCUGAAUUUUUGGAGGGUACACGUCCUAGAGAAUCAGUGCCCGUAGGUGACUUUAGAAUUCCAAAAUUCAAUAUUUCAUUUGGAAUUGAAACUUCUAAUAUUCUAAAGGAAUUAGGAGUGAUUUUACCUUUCACUGAAGGAGGUUUGACAAAAAUGGUGGACUCUCCUAUGAGCCAAAACCUUCAUAUUUCCGGCAUAUACCACAAGUCUUUUAUUGAAGUGAAUGAAAAAGGAACUGAAGUUGCUGCAGCGACCAGUACUGAUGUUAAGGUUACUUGUGGUAGGCGUACCAAACCACCACCGCCUCCGAUAGACUUUGUAGCUGACCACCCUUUCAUGUUUUUGAUAAGAGAAGAUCUGUCUGGAACAAUACUCUUUACUGGACAAGUGCUCAAUCCUCUUGUCAUGUGA